GUGUGUGGUGAGGGAGGGAGUGAUGUUGCAAGUCUGCGGUGCGGGGCUGCAUCUCAAUGAGAAACUGGCCAAUGUAAAUCACCGCAAGACAGGAGAGAGAGAGAGAGAGAGCAGCUGCCGUCCAGACUCUUCUGCGGGACAACAAAGAACUCCCAUCACGACUUCUGUCAGCAUAACUCAACAUCUGAAUCGUGCCCAUAAACAAUACUAAAUAUUCUUCACAUUUAGCCCCCUUGACAGGACAACAUGGAUGAGCAUUUUGACGAGAGGGACAAAGUCCAGCGCAACCGCCGAGCUGGAGGACGGGCAAACGGUCUCAUGAGCCCGGCACACAGCGCUCACUGCAGUCUGUACCGGACCAGAACCCUGAAAGCCCUGAGCUCUGAGAAGAAAGCGAAGAAAGUGCGUUUUUACCGCAACGGCGACCGAUACUUUAACGGCAUAGUGUAUGCCAUCUCAUCCGACAGGUUUAGGACCUUUGACGGUUUGCUGGCCGACCUGACUCGCACUCUUUCCGACAACACCAACCUGCCUCAAGGUGUCCGAUUCAUCUACACUAUUGAUGGAUCCAAGAAAAUCACCAAUAUAGAUCAACUGGUGGAAGGUGAGAGUUAUGUAUGCUGCUCCACCGAAGCAUUUAAAAAACUGGACUACACCAGCAAUGUCAACCCUAAUUGGUCAGUGAAUGUGAAGGCCCUGGGGUCCAUCAAGUGUCCCACCUCUCUGGCUUGCACCAUAUUAGGGCUGCAUUCCAAGGAGAGCAAAGACUUCAUCAGACCCAAACUGGUCACUGUCAUCCGCAGCGGAGUGAAGCCCCGGAAGGCGGUUCGCAUCCUGCUUAACAAGAAGACUGCCCAUUCCUAUGAGCAGGUUCUCAGUGACAUAACAGAUGCUAUAAAACUCGACUCUGGUAUUGUCAAGAAGAUCUACACCCUUGAGGGAAAACAGGUCAUCUGCCUUCAAGAUUUCUUCGGGGAUGAGGACGUCUUCAUCGCAUGCGGCCCGGAGAAGUUCCGUUACCAGGAUGACUUCCUGUUGGAUGAAAGCGAAUUGAAAUCCACUUCCUAUGGAAAAAUGGGUUCUGGAAACAGAAGUUCGGCCCUUUCCGGACGCAGCAAGUCUCCCGCUGACUCAGUAAAUGGGACAUCGGCCGGUCACCUGUCCACACCCCAUUCUGCAAAAUCGCCCAGUCCGUCUCCUGCCAGCCCAGGGAACCUGAACAAACACGGGGAAACGGACAAGGUGGACAUUGCCACGACAGCUUAACUUUCCCUAAGUGGCACUAAAAUUCACAGUCAAUCCCUAGCAAGAAAAAAUGAUGCCGGGCCUCCACUAUUGAGAUUUUUGCACAGUUUCUAUUUCACAUUUUAUGCAUGGGAGGCCAGAUAAAUUGUUAAUUGAGAAUUACUUUUAUUUGUUGUAUAGGUCAGCAUUCAUGAUGAAACAUUGUCCUCAUACACACUGCAAGGUUCUGUACUCUCAGAAAUAAAUGUACAAAAGCUGUCACUGGGACAGUACCCUUUCAAAACAGCACACCUUUGUACCCAAAGAAUGCAUAUUAGUACUUCAAAGAUACAUAUUUGUACCUAAAUGGUACAUAUUAGGACCGUUUUUAAAGGGUACUGCCCCAGUGACAGCUUUGUACCUUUAUUUUUGACAGUGCUCUCAGAAAUAAAGGUACAACAGCUGUCACUGGGACAGUACCCUUUCAAAAAGGUACACCUUUGUACCCAAAGAGUACAUAUUAGUACUUCAAAGGUACAUAUUGGUACCUAAAAGGCACAUAUUUGGACCUUUUUAAAGCCCCCAGAGACAGCUUUUGUACCUUUUAUUUUUGACAGUAACGAAACCAGAUUUUCAUUUUUUAUACUGAUUCUUGUGUGGAUGGGACUCACUGCCCAAUUGGAGAAAAAACAUCCAAUUUUUUUAGUAAAAAGCAAGGGGGUUACCCUGAGACAACCAAAGUCCACUUUCUAUUAAGUGUCCAAUGAUCUGAACAACUACUUGCAUUGCAGUUGUAGCAGUGACACAGCUCAGAUGCAUUUUUAGUUACAUCAUAACUUGAUUAGUUUUCUUUUUUACGUAGAUUUAAUGUAAAUCUGUUUAUCACUACUUUUUCCAGAGUGAAUUGUGAAGUUGUCCCUCCUAUAGAUAACCACACUGUGCACAAAUCUAGAUUUUUUUUUUUUUUUGCGGUGUGUAUGUGGUCAUUGAGACUGCUAUGAGCAGAGAAUACAUACAAUAUACGCUGUUAAAGGAGCAUGCAACUCAUUAGAAAGUCUGUUGUUUAUUAAGUAGGAGUCACAUGUGUGUGUGACCAAGUGUCCUUGAUCCUGUGAUCUGAGAGACUAAUGCAAAAAGGUUUAAUGCAGUCAAAGCUUCCCUAUCCAGCUUCGAUAUAAAGCAUUUAAUAUAAGCCAUAAGCCUUUGGCGCAUCUUUCCUGAAUUCUUAAAGCGAAACAUUAAUCAGGGUAGAUGUUACAGUCCAGUACACAUGUUGAGUUGCUCGAUUAUAUCACGUGCCGAUAUUGACCCAGUAUAGAUUAAUCAGAAUCUCUUGGCCACCACUGAACUGGAAUUUUACUCUGACCAUAAAUGGGAACAUUUAGGAAUACUGGUUUAGGUCACAUCAUGUUCUUGCUGCAUGCUUUAGUCAUCAUGAAAGUAUAGAUAAACUUCCUCUUGUGAAAAAGGCUGACUUUUAACCAAAGUCCCUCAAACCGAUUCGAUUGUGGUCGUGGAGAGACAAAAGCACUCGGUUCUUUGAGUUCACCCUAUUCCCGCUUUUCCAUUUAUCUUGCACAGCUGCAUGAGCUCUUAAUGUUGGAUGAUCUCUCUGUGGCUUGCUGUUGCAGAAUGUUAAUUUGGGACAGUCAGAUCUGCCCAAAGCAGAGACGCAACUCAACGUUGUUGCAACCAUCUCCUGCAUAAGUGGGUCAGGCUUUGAAAUUCCCCCAGUAGAGUUCUGUGAAUGAAGGGGAACAUUUGCAUAAAUAUGAUACAAAUGCAAAAUAACGCAAUGUUCUCGGAAAAUUUUUUUCAGAUGUUAAUUCUUUAUCUAGCUUAUGAAUUUACAUGAGUCUCAAAAUGUUGUAGCUGUGUGACUUUGAGACAAGCAAGACAUAGUAAAACCAUCCCAUAUAGUAAAAUAGUAAAGCAGUCCUUUUAUAUUAAAUGAAAAAUUACAUAUAAAAUAUGAAAAUAUUAAUCGUAUUUCUACCGUUUUAAAAUGCAUUACUGCAUUCAAUUAAAAACUGAACUAUUUAACCAUUUAUAUUGAAUUAAUAUUGAUUGCCUUGCCAUUUAAGCCCAAGUUGUGAUUUGCAUAUGAUUUUGCAUAUUUAAUGUAUGACCCACUUAUAGUAAUGAACUAUAUAAGUGUGUGCAGCCUCUGUGUCCUCUGGCAAAUCCCCACUUUCAUCUCAUUUUCGGUCCAUAACCUCUCAAUUCCCCUGGGGGAAAAUAUGGAUCACAUACAUUUUAUACUAUGAUGACAAAUACAUAUUUAAAGUCCCCAUGAACCAGAAUUCGCAAUCUAUUACUUUUGUGUUGUGGCAAAUUUCUGAGUGAAACUGAAUAUCGUGCGAGGAAAAAGUGGGUGUGGCUUUUGAGAUUUUGAUUUUGAUUGAAGUUUAUAAGGGAACACAAUUAAAAAAAGGACUUAUAUAAAUUAUUUAAAAUAAAAACCGGACACAUAUAAAUUAUUUCAAUGCUUGAGAGAAAGGCACUUUGUCAAAGUCAGAAAUUUCAUAUACUAAAAUAUCAUAAUAAUACAAGGAUAGAAAAUACUUUUACUUGGUUAAAUUGGUGGGCCAUUUUUGCAUGUUGUAUAACACGGAAAGUAAGGUCAUCGUUCACUCUAUCUUUGUUCAUAAAUAUAGUCUCCAUUAAAUGAUAUCAAACUCAGACUUUGUGUGUUGGGUUGCAUGCUCUUCACAAUUUUCUUUGGGGUUUUGAUUGUGGGUUUAAAUAACAUUGUGUAUGAGUGCAUGUCUGUUGUCAUUCAUUCCAUUAACAGUCAUGUAAAAAUACAUCAACGUCUUCCAAUGAUUUUAUUGCAUGUGAAAUUUGGUUUAUGGUUUUAUUUUUGUUUUAUAUAUCUACAUAAACUCAAAAAUUUCAUUGAUUCUCAAUGUUUUGUGUUUUCAUCAAUUUUAAUUAUGAUCCAUUAUAUAUUCUUUACUGUCAUUCCAUUAUGUCACUCAUGUAGUUUUCAUGUUUCUGUUUUUUAAUAGUUUUGUAUCAUUUUUGUAUAUUGAUAUAUAUUUCGCAUAUAUAUCACUUAUAGAAAUAGAGAAGAUCAUGUCAAAGUCUUGUCAUUAUUUUUAAAGUUGUUCGUCUAGAAUUUUCUUUAUUUUUCUUUUCAAAUCAUGUCAUGAAACCAUUCCAUCAUGUAUGUACUAUGAUUACAUUUUCAUUAUACAUUAAACAAUACUGUAAGUCGAUUUAUCUUACUAUGAGCUUGUCUGGCUGUUUGUACUUCUUAAACACAAUUUGGGUCCUUCUCUCUUUAUUUGGAUUAUUUGGUUUAUCUCAGAUAUCACAGAUGCCAAAACAAACAUGGAUGAUUUGUUUUAUGCCUGUGCAAAGUAAGCCAAUGUAUUGGAAAAGCAAAUGAAAGCAGUUGGUUACAGAAUUAGAUUACAGGUGUAAUUACAAAAUGUCCUCAAGUGACUCGUAUGAGUCUCCAAAUCAUUUUCACUCAUUGGUUUUAAUGAAGCUGCAGCUACAGACGGUUUAUCGUCUCCACAGCUGUUUCCCGAAAAUCAGAGAUCCAGAGAGAGGACAACGCUGUAGCAGGGAGGUAGUAUUUAUCCUGUGAUGGGAAUAGUAAUGCACUUUCCUGGUGUUGGAUUAAAUUUGUAAUUUUGUAAUUAGUGUGCAAGAAUUCAACCACCAUACACAUGCUCAUACAUGUUUUUUUUCUAAUAUUAAACACCAGAAUAAAUACUAACAAUUGCAUGCUUCAUUUCAUAGUCCCAUUAUUCAUUAUUUCUCUGUGCUGUUGUUGUGAGUAAUCUGUUUGCUGUCGGUCCUGAGCAAUUCAACCAAUUUGGACAAGUGAUAUGACCCAACAUUCAAGCAGGAAACUGGCCUUAUAUGGGCAUGUGUCUGUGGCUGCAUCCUGUCUCGCUGAGGGAAAAUAUUAUUAGUGCCGCACACUCCAACAGUUUCCAUGGCAACAAGAGUUUUAAUACCGGCAGGACAAACUGUGAUCUGAAUGAAAUAGAAAAGGAUGCUGCAACACACACAUACACAGACUGACAAACACACGCUCUUUAGUCGAAACUGAUUACACUUAAACAGCCAUACCUUGCUCGUCUCUUACAUAUCUACUCAAAUUGACAUUAUCAGCGCAUGUAAUAGUACAAACCCACCCUGACCCGUGCAUCGCUUUGUCUAGGUAAAUUUACGCUCCAUUCUCGCUAUUAGGGACCCCGCUCACUGUUUUCAUCCCUUUGAGGUUCAACCGGGGCACGCUUGUAUGCCACCACUGUCCAAUCAAAUCCACUGAGUUUUCUCAGUAGUCAGGAGAGCAUAGAGCACUUCGAGACAUCUUUCCAAUUACUAUCCGCCUGGACCCGAAUGGGUCCCUGCACCCUGACUGGCGGCGGACGGGAGAGAAAACCAAUUUACAGCCCAGCCAGUAACUUACAGUUGUGGCUGCCAUGGCAACCGGCAAAAGCACCAAUGUGCUAACUGUCUUUGUCUUAAUGCAGUGCUGCUAUGUUUAAAAGUGAGAGUGAACACGGUCCCAAGGGUGCUGUCCUCACAGGAACAAUACAGGUGGAGCUGAGGCUAUCAUGGCAGGUAGAAAGCUAGACUACACUGAAAAGGUUUCAUAUUUUUUAUAGUUACAUGGUUGUCUGGGGUUUCUGAAGUACGUUUUUAUGUACCACAAGGUCCAUUUACUUCCAGGUUUAAAGGGAACCU